CAACACUUUUAAAGCCAGAUUUCUACUCCAAAUUGGAGAUUUCCAGGGUGAUUCGAUAGCACAGCCACGGCGAGUCGACGUCGCAGAUGAUUCUACCAGCAGAGCUAAUACCAAACGGCAAGAAGAUCAUACCGCAGCCGAAGUGUGAGCUGCUCGGGCCCGUGGGGCUCAUCGUCCAGAGCUGUUUAGGCCUCAUUGCUUGCGGUUCGCUGGUCGUGAAGAGGAAGUACGAGCAUCCAAAGAGGCCCUGGGAAGUGUGGUUCUUCGACGUUUCGAAGCAGCUCCUUGGUGCUGCCGGCGUUCACCUGCUAAACCUCGCAGUGUCACUGCUCAAGAGCCGAAAGCUCAUGCUGGUGAACAAGCUCGAUGGAGAAGGCGACGGUGAUGGUGAACCUGGCGAGUGUGAUUGGUACUUUGUCAGUCUACUGCUCGACACCACAGUGGGGGUACCCAUCCUGUACGUGUGCCUGGUGAUUGUGUACUUCAUAUGUGACCUAUUCCAGGUCCAGGGCAUCAACAGUGGGGAGUACGGCAACCCACCGAGAUUCAAACGGUACUUGAAACAGCUGGUGAUAUUCAUGGUUGCGGUGACCAUGAUGAAGGCUGUGAUAUAUGUGCUACUGUCAUUCCCAAUAUUCAUCAUGUACGCGGACUGGAUCCUCAGUUGGAGCGAUCCUUUCCCCAAUUUACAGGUCAUCUUGGUGGUUCUCGUAUUCCCAAUAAUGUUGAACUGCUUCCAGUACUACAUCGUGGACAACAUCAUCAAGUCGCCUACAGAUCUGAAAUAGAUUCUUCAUUGAUAGCACUCGAAAUAGGAAUUGUUAUUCCACUAGCAUUGUUCACUUAUCCUAACAGUAGCACUCAUACGUACCAGAUCAGAGCUCCUCAAGUUGAAGUUGCUCUUAUUCAGGUUCUUCAUGAACUCGUAUAUGGCAACGUUCUCCCUUAGCAGCAUGAGCUUAUCCUCAAAUAUCCUGAAC